GAGUUAACCUUGCAAACUAGUGCCUAUACAUAGUGGGUAGAAAAUGAAAAAUUGGGGAGAAAGUCAGAUGAGUGUUACUACCAAAAAGAAUCACAUACUGCAAGUGAGAGAGACCAAAGUUGAGAAGAAAUGUCCAACGCCAGCCUUGUGACAGUGUUCAUUCUCAUGGGCUUUCCUCAUGCCCCAGCACUGGACGCUCCCCUCUUUGGAAUCUUCCUGGUGGCUUAUGUGCUCACUGUGCUGGGGAACCUCCUCAUCCUGCUGGUGAUCAGGGUGGAUUCUCACCUCCACACCCCCAUGUACUACUUCCUCACCAACCUGUCCUUCAUUGACAUGUGGUUCUCUACUGUCACGGUGCCCAAAAUGCUGAUGACCUUGGUGUUCCCAAGUGGCAGGGCUAUCUCCUUCCACAGCUGCGUGGCCCAGCUCUAUUUUUUUCUCUUCCUGGGGAGCACCGAGUGUUUCCUCUACACAGUCAUGUCCUAUGAUCGCUACCUGGCCAUCAGUUACCCGCUCAGGUACACCAGCAUGAUGAGUGGGAGCACGUGUGCCCUCCUGGCCACCGGCACUUGGCUCAGUGGCUCUCUGCACUCUGCUGUCCAGACCAUAUUGACUUUCCAUUUACCCUACUGUGGACCUAACCAGAUCCAGCACUACUUCUGUGACGCACCACCCAUCCUGAAACUGUCCUGUGCAGACACCUCAGCCAACGAGAUGGUCAUCUUUGUGAACAUUGGGGUAGUGGCCUCGGGCUGCUUCCUCCUAAUAGUGCUGUCCUACGUGUCCAUUGUCUGUUCAAUCCUGCAGAUCCACACCUCAGAGGGGAGGCACAGGGCCUUUCAGACCUGUGUCUCCCACUGUACCGUGGUCCUUUGCUUCUUUAUUCCCUGUGUUUUCAUUUACCUGAGGCCAGGCUCCAGGGACGCUGUGGAUGGGGUUGUGGCCGUUUUCUACACCGUGCUGACUCCCCUUCUCAACCCUGUUGUGUACACCCUGAGAAACAAGGAGGUGAAGAAAGCUGUGUUGAAACUGAGAGACAAAGUAGCACAUUCUCAGAGAGAAUAAGUAUUAGGAAGCAGAUACACUAUUUGUUUAAAUAUAGUGAUAUAAUUUAGUUAUUCAUGUGAAAUUGAUUAUAUGUAUAAUUCUCAGUGUUAAACAUUAUUCCAAAACACCUGCACAGUUAUAAUUAUUUCACAGAAUGUCUAAGACAGUUUUAACAUCAGAGCCAGGCUUAUAUUUAUGAUAAAUAUGAUUUCACAUUCUGAUUUAUUGACUCAUUUUUCAUCAAUAGGUUCAUAUUAAGUUUAAAAAUAUUUUAAUAGAAUUUCAGGGGUAGAUGAUUAUUUCAUGUUUAUAAUAUGAUAAACGGCUUUUGUGUUUUGUUUGAUUUCUUGUGCACAUAACCUUAAGAAUUUACCAUCAUGGAGACAUUGUUCAAAAACAGCAACAAAUGUUUGAGGUCUUUUUUGUAAUUGUGGCUGUAGCUGUUCAAAUUUCUUUUUAGUUUUAAUGUAUCUGUACAUUUGUAUGUGUAUAUACUAAUCCAAAUGUAUAUUCCAAAGAAAGUACAUAACAUUUAGCAUAUUUAACAUCAGGUUUUCAUAUACUUAUGUAUGUAUAUAUAUCUAUUUACAUAUAUAUAUACACAAAAACAUUUCUAGAAACUAUUAUUAAUGGGCAAGAAUAGCUAGCUAUUAAUAAUUAAAAUAUUAUCAAUGAAUCAAAUAGAAAUUGUAUAUUCACAGAAUAGAUUACUAUCCAGCAAUGAUAAUGAAUGAGCUACAACUACAUAUAUAAUGGUUUAUGCAGUUUAUACAUUUGUGCCCCUUUUUUUGUUUGUUUGGAUUCAAUAUAAAAAUUUUAAUCUCUUAAAUAUCAAGAUCACUUGGGGCAGUUAAUCCCCUGGUUCACUUGGCAAUGUCUGGAAAUAUUGUUGCUUGUCAGAAGUGCUGACAUCAAGUGGUUGAAGUCAGAGGUGUUAAACCUCCCACAAUGUAUAGGAGAGACCCUCACAACAAAGCUUAUCAUGGCCAAAAUAUCGAUAGUGCUGAGGAUGAGAAAGCCUGAACUAAAUUUAAUUUUAAGUAACAUGUGUAAGACCACAACAAUAUAAAUAAAAUAUUUUCAGAUAAAUAUAAAACUUGCUGAACAAAUCUUGCAUUAUAAAGUGCACAUGGAGAUUCAUAUAUGAAAAAUGCCAAUUCUAUUCAAAUUGAUCUAUAGAUUCAACACUAUUCUAAGUAACAUCCAGCAUUUGAUUUUGCCACUAUGGACAUGUAGAUCCUACAGUGUGGAUUGAAAUGGAAUGAACCCCAAAAUGGUUAGGAUGCUCUUGAAGAAAUAAAAGACAACUGAAAAAUCGACAACACUAGUUAUCAAAACUUAUUACAAAGCUAUUACGAAGUAACUUAGAGAAAAUUACUUAUUAUAAAGUAACUCAGAGAGUGUCGUAUUUGUAUGAGGCUGACAAAUAGAAAAAUAGAAAUGAAUACAGGGUAAAAAAUAGACUGAUUCAUAUUCAUAAGACAAAGAUGACACUGCAGAGUAGUAAAGUAAGAUUGCCUUCUUCAAGAAAUUAUUUUGGGGUAUCUGGGUAUUCAGAAUAAAAAAACUCAGUCUUGAACCUAUGUCAUACUAUAGCCAUAAAAAACUCAAUUAUAGUAAAUAGGAGAUAUGAAUGUGGUGGACUGUAUGACACUUAUGUAGGUAAGAGACUUUA